AUGGGGUGGGUUAACUCCGAAGCUAGAAAGUACAAGCAGUUCGUGGCAUUUCGAAUAUGUGAAAUUCUGGAGUCAUCAGAUCAAAACGAAUGGCGAUGGAUUCCGUCCGAACAUAAUGUCGCUGAUGAGGCAACUAAAUCAAAAGAGAUCGCAAGAUUGGAUUCGUCAUCUCGCUGGUACAAGGCUCCAGAGUUCCUGUACGACAAAGAAGAAGAUUGGUUCAAAGACCAAGGCGAUAUCGAAUAUUUUACCGAAAACGAAGUGAGACCAAGCUUUUCAAUAGCUUGUCGUGAAAUCAUUCGACCGCAAAUCAUCGACAUUGAAAGGUUCUCUCAAUGGAAUCGGCUUGUUAGAGCUCAAGCAUAUGCUCUCAGAUUCAUUUUCAAUGUUCGCCAUUCACAACAAGAACGUCAAUUCGGGCCGCUGGUACAACAGGAAAUCCUCGAUGCCGAAAAUCACUUGUAUCGUCGUGCACAGUCAGAUUGUUUUCUAGACGAGAUAGUGGUAAUGAAGCACAAUCAAAAUAGCCCGCUAAAAGAGCAAAAAGACUUCGAAAAGUCUAGUAUUCUACGCACUUAUUCACCAUACAUCGACGAAGACGGUGUUAUUCGAAUGCGUGGAAGAAGCGAUGCAGCCACCGUGUUAUCGCACGACACGAAACGUCCAAUUAUCCUUCCAAGACGUCAUCGGAUUACUCGUCUCAUUGUGGAUUAUUAUCAUCGACGUUACAAACACAUCAACCAUUCUACUGUCCUCAAUGAAAUCCAACAAAAAUUCAUUAUACCGGCUCUUCGUGUGGUCCUGAAAAGCAUUAGAACAUCAUGCCAAAAAUGCAAAAAUUUAUCGGCAGAACCGAAGAUUCCCGAGAUGGCCGAGCUUCCUCCUGGGCGAUUAGCGGCGUAUACUUUACCAUUUACUUUCGUCGGAAUAGACUUUUUUGGCCCGAUAAGAGUUAGAAACGGAAGAAAAACGCGAAACGGUCCAGUGAUCAUGGAAAAAAGAUGGGUUCUAUUGUUCACUUGCUUAACGACACGAGCCAUUUGGAUGGAGAUCAGUCAUUCACUUGAAACGAAUUCCUGCGUUAUGGCCAUCGACAACUUCAUUUCGAGGAAAGGCCAGCCGAAGAGAGUCUUCUGCGACAAUGGUACGUCGUUUCACGGUUCGGAAAAGGAGCUACGUGACGAAUUCAGUAAAAUAAACCAAAGGGACUUGGCAGAAAGAUUCACUAGUUCUGAGAUGGAAUUCAGAUUCAAUCCACCGGCUACUCCACACAUGGGUGGAGUAUGGGAACGUCUCAUUCGCACGGUCAAAUCAUACCUUAAACAAACAAUGCUAACCAGAUGUCCUAACGACGAAAUGUUAAAAAAUCUAAUCGUGUCGGCUGAGAAUAUCGUCAAUUCAAGACCGCUGACUUACGUGGCAUUGGAAUCGGCUGAUGAAGAAGCAUUAACUCCGAACCAUAUCUUGCUUGGAUCUUCGAAUGGAAGAAAACCGUUGGGAGAGUUCCCCGACAAAGACUUAGCAAGAAACGCCUACAAAGCCGUACAAAUUCUUGCGAAUAAUUUUUGGCGGCGAUUCGUCUUGGAGUACAUGCCAACACUCACCAAAAGAACAAAAUGGUUCAAGCAAGUGGAGCCGAUCAAAGUCGGUGGCGUCGUGAUAGUAGUCGACGAACGGAACGAGCGUAAUACAUGGCUAAAGGGAAUCGUCGAGAAACUUAUGCCUGACAAAAGAGGAAUUGUGCGGCAAGUUAUGGUGCGACCUGCUAAAGGAACUCGUCGACGAUCUGUUGGGAAGCUAGCCAUUUUGGACGUCAAACAGCCCAGUGCCGAAUUGGUUAAUCAGGACCAAAUGGGAUCUGUUAACGGAGGAGAGAAUGUUGGGCAGCACUGUUCUGAUGACAGCACCGAAUUGCAAUAA